UGGGACUGAUAAUAGAUUCGUUUAGGUGCCUGGACUCCACUUAUAUUGCGCAACUCCGGAGCCUCGUGAGCCGGUAUAAAUAGGGUUGCAACCGGCUUGAGGCUCCAACAUUCACCUGUGUCGUUCCUUAUUAACGAGAGGCAGGACUAUCCAGAGGGGGAACUCAGUUUUCUAAGAAUAUUUCUGAGCUGAUUCAUUUUCUCAUCUCAUUAACAUGCGGGAAGUUAUCUCAGUCCACAUCGGCCAGGCUGGAGUCCAGAUGGGCAAUGCCUGCUGGGAGCUGUACUGCCUGGAGCACGGCAUCCAACCUGAUGGUCAGAUGCCUAGUGACAAGACGGUAAACGAGUGCAGUGAUGCCUUCAACACCUUCUUCAGUGAGACUGGUGGGGGUCAGCAUAUCCCAAGAGCGACUAUGGUGGAUUUGGAACCAACCGUCGUAGAUGAGGUCCGUACUGGCACUUACCGUCAGCUCUUCCACCCUGAUCAGCUGAUUUCAGGGAAGGAAGGUGCCGCAAACAACUACGCCAGAGGUCAUUACAGCGUGGGCAAAGAUUUAAUAGAUGAAGUUCUGGAUAGAAUCAGAAAAAUACGUGAAGUUCUUUCGGUUCAUGUUGGGCAGGCGGGGGUUCAAGUGGGCAACGCAUGCUGGGAGCUUUACUGCCUGGAGCACGGCAUCCAACCUGAUGGUCAGAUGCCGAGUGACAAGACACGCGGGGAAGAUGAUGACUCAUUCAAUACUUUCUUCAGCGAGACCAGCAGUGGACAUUAUAACCCUCGAGCUGUCAUGGUCGAUCUAGAGCCCACAGUCAUAGAUGAGGUUCGCACCGGCACCUACCGCCAGCUCUUCCACCCUGAGCAGCUGAUCACAGGCAAGGAGGAUGCCGCCAACAACUACGCACGGGGCCAUUACACCUUAGGUGAAGUGUAUGUUGAUCUUGUCCUUGACAGGAUCCGCAAGUUAGCUGACCAGUGCACAGGUCUCCAGGGUUUCCUCAUCUUCCAUAGCUUCGGUGGAGGCACUGGCUCUGGCUUCACAUCCCUGUUGAUGGAGCGUCUUACUGUCGACUACGGCAAGAAACCCAAGCUGGAAUUUGCCGUCUACCCAUCGCCGAAUAUCUCCUCCGCUGUCGUUGAACCCUACAACUCUGUCCUGAACGCUCACUCCACUUUAGAACACGCCGACUGCUGCUUCAUGGUUGACAACGAAGCCAUUUACGACAUUUGUGAGAAAAACUUGGAUUUAGAGAAGCAGACGUUUUCAAACGUGAACCGGUUGAUUGCUCAGGUUGUAUCCUCUAUAACAGCAUCUCUGAGGUUCGAUGGCUCUCUUAAUGUCGACUUGGCCGAGUUUCAGACCAACCUGGUGCCUUACCCACGGAUCCACUUCCCUUUGGCCACCUAUGCUCCUGUCAUCUCUGUUGAGAAGGCCUACCACGAGCAGCUGACUGUUGCCGAGAUCACCAACGCCUGCUUUGAGCCUGCAAAUCAGAUGGUGAAAUGCGACCCACGUAAUGGCAAGUACAUGGCUUGCUGCGUGUUGUACCGUGGUGAUGUCCUGCCUAAAGAUGUUACCGCUGCCAUACUGAAAAUUAAGAAUAAACAAAGCAUUCAGUUCGUCGACUGGUGUCCGACUGGCUUCAAGGUGGGCAUCAACUACCAGCCACCCACCGUCGUGCCUGGCGGUGAUCUGGCCAAGGUGCAGCGUGCCGUCUGCAUGCUGAGCAACACCACGGCCAUCGCAGAGGCCUGGGCUCGUCUGGAUCACAAGUUCGAUCUGAUGUACGCCAAGCGUGCCUUCGUCCACUGGUACGUGGGAGAGGGUAUGGAGGAGGGCGAGUUCUUCGAAGCUCGUGACAAUAUGGCAUUUUUAGAGAAGGACUACGAGGAAGUCAAACAGGAAGGUGAUGUCUGGAGUGACCUGGGAGAGUUGGACCAAAUACAGUACUAGUGAAAGACAAUAAGCCAAGGUCUCAAUGUGGGCUUAUACCAGAAUAAAUACAUGUAAUGAUCGUCAAAUUCCAGUGAACCGCAUUCAAAAGACCAACUUUACUCAUUUAAAUCUUUGACUGUUUUAAAGGUUGAGGGUCUUGCCAAUUUUUGAUUUGAAAAUUAUCUCCAUUGGCAAUUUUCCAAAUUUGACUCUCAAUUAAUAAACAGACUGAACUGUUAUCAAACUGGAAAUGGCAAUGUCCAUGCUACGAAAGGGUUCAAUGUUUCAAUAUAUGUGUACCUGUGGAAAACGAGGAAAGUGAAGAACCACCUCUAUGAAAAAAAAUCAUACAACCUUUUGAAAUUGAACUCACACCCCGAGCCCCUUGUGGUCCUACUACAAAUAGCUCUGACAGCGACAAGAAGUUUACGCAUAAAGUCGAUGAUGGACUGUCUCUUUAUCGAGACGCUGAAACCGUGACGGAUAUUAUAGUUUAUUCUCACAUUCGCAUUUAGUAAGAGUUACAGUGUUGGAGAUCGGUCAGAUCUCUCUCUUUCUCUCUACUAAUUCCCUAUAGAGAAUGAAUAGAUGCUAAGAAGUUUAGGAGCCACACAGCUCGUCAGGUACAAAACCCAUCUAUGGUCAUUUCUCUCAUAGCCUGCAUGACAGUUCAUUUCUUCGCCAGUCUAGCGUAAUGAAAGUAAAUACUGAAACCAAAAAAUUAAUACUUCUGUGACCACCAAUGAGAAUCCUCCACCUUGACACGAGUUUGCCAAUUACAACUUAACCGCCUAUUGCAUGUUUACUUGUGGUCAUUUUUUAUGAAUCGUUCAUGGUACAUGAGAAGAUUCUCGCAUCAAUAAUCAUGAUAAGUUGACAAAAUCUAUUUUCCUUUGCAACGUCAAAUGUUGAUUUGUAUGAAAGGAUGUAAGUUCAGCUGAGCUGCAUUUCAAUAAAAAGUAAAUGUUUUCAGUUGGAAA